UCUUUCCACUCACGGUCAGGCCACAUGGCGGAUUAGGCAAUCACAGCGCAGAAUGGAGAGACUGUCGCCAGGGACAUUCGAGGCGCUGGCGGUACUUUGAUUGCGGCGGCCCUUGACAUAAUGUCAGAGCUGAUGGCUGUUGUCGUUGGCCUCAUGUGGAUUUAGCUUUCUUAAGCGUAGAACACAUCAUGAGAGAUGUGAAAGGAGGCUGGUUUGUCGUCGUUACCGCGAGAGGACCACCCUGAGGCGUAAGACCAUCGUUCCGUUCGCGACCCGUCGGAGCUUCGAGGGGAAAAUUCUGCGCGCGACAUCUCAAAGCGUCGUUCGACUGGUGCGCUUGCGUAUUGCGAAUUGUUCCUGUGUUCGAAUACACGAGUACUGCCGAGCUGUGCGACGAUAGGCGGUGAUUAGAUUAGUGAUAAUCUGCCUUUGUCACCUCUGGACUCCGAAUGUAGUUCUCAAGUCGCCACCAUAUCUUGUACUCGCAGGCAUGGUCAUAAAAGUUGUCGUCGUUACCGCGAGAAGACCACCCUGGGGCGUAAGACCAUUGUUCCGUUCUGCUCUUCGCGACCCGUCGGAGCUUCGAGGGGAAAAUUCUACGCGCGACACCUCAAAGUGUUGUUCUACUGGUGCGCUUGCGAAUUGCGAAUUGUUCCUGUGUUCGAAUACACGAGUACUGCCGAGCUGUGCGACGAUCGGCGGCGGGGCCGAUUGGUUCCGCUCGAUGCGGCUUCUACUCAGAGCAAGUGCCCUAGAGUUUUCUACGUGUGCUCGUUUGGCAAGUUCGGACAGCAGAGGCGAGUAUCGUGGAGUGGAAUCCCCUGCCGAGGAAAUCGAGUCGGACGCCGUAAUGAAGAAAAGACCAUUCGAUCCAAAUCAAUCCUUGACAAAGGCGAAGGAGCUUGUGAGCGCUAGGUUGGGGCUUCCCACGAUCUCCGGGCAGUGCACUACUUGUACUGCAACUUCUGUUGAUAAAUGCCAAGGGCACUUCGGACACGUGUUAUUGCCAACCCCAAUUUUACACCCUAAUCACGUGGGAAGACUCAUUCGCUUGCUCAGAAAAGUCUGUCUCAAUUGCGGGAAACUCAAGAAGAAGCCAGUUGGGAGGACAAGAACAAGUGCAAAUGAGCAGACCUUGAAGAAAGGAAAGAAGAACGGAGGUCCGAAGAAAACGAAGUCCUUGAGUGAAGACCCCAUUCUCAGUAAUGGGACCUCAAGAAGAAAGCGGAAGUUUUCAUCAUUCAUAGAUGAUGAGGCAGAAGCAUCAGAGGUGAUAGUUUUAUCCUCAGAGGACGAGGAGCUUUCGAGCAAUGGAAGGAAACAGCAGAAAAGUCCUGAUUCUAUCGUAGAAGAAGAUAUCUUAGGAGGAAAAGCUUCAACGUCAUCAGCGAAGCGGAGCUGGAACGGGAAACGAAAAAAUCAAGCAGAUACUUCGGAGACUAAUUCGACGACCACCACACCAACGGUUGUGGAUCUCACAGAUAUGCUGGUGUGCGUGAAAAAAUCAAAAAAGCCGAAGGCCCUCAAGAUUAUAAGGAAAAUUCCUGUUGGCACCUUAGCUAAACUUGGAAUGCAGCUGGAUAUGGCACAUCCUGAAGCGUUGAUUGUGGAGUGCCUACCUGUUCCCCCAAACUGCUCUAGAUUGCAAGAGGAUCCCUUUUCAACAGGUGGAACGAAUAUUGGCUUCAAGAUAGGCGUAAGUUUUUUUGUGAAGUACAUCUUACAUAUUACGAUGGACUUCAAGAUACGUGACCAUUAUAAAUGCAUGAUUAAGCAUUUAUGAUGUGAAUUCCAUUUCAAGUUUGAGUUUUGAAACA